UCCUGCAACGAUACGCUGCCUGAUCAAGCUCAAUGAGUCCACGUGAGCUUAUGCAAUAUAACAUGAAUACAUAUUCAGGGGGCUCGGCUCGAAGCAAAGGACAAACUGAGCAACUUAUAACCAGUUAUGGAGAUUUUUUGCAAGACUACAAAACAGACCUGGAGACCCUGGAGAACCCGGAGACCACAAACAACCUGAAAAUCAAAGAAAAAGGAAGUUCCCCCUUCUUUUUCAUCACUGCAAACACAAGUGAGAACUGUGAGCUAGACCUUCUCACUCAAUCUGAGAACAAGCUGGUCAACAAGGUUUCCUUCUCCUUACUCAGCAUAGUCCUGGAGAUACAGAACCAUACUCAGGAAGGAAACUCAUCCUUCCUUCUCUCCCUUCUUCUUUACUCCAAGGCGAACAAAUGCAGUGAAAUAGAAGGAUCUCUUCGACUGGCAAGGUACUUGGAUGAGCUGGAUGAUCUAUACUGCUAUAUAGAGCGCUGUAAAGACCUGGUUGAGAAUGUUUUACUUCAAAUAGAGGGGUUGAACUCCUCUACUCCUCCUCUCAAGGUUGGAACCACUAGGUUUAGUUUACUCUGGGUAGAAGUCAGUGAGCUGCUUAGCCUUGUAUCCCGUCUGGAUCAAGUUGUAAAGAACCUGAACCUGCAGCAGGAUUGGGGGUUUCAUAAGAACCUCAUCAAGAAGAAUAGAAAUGACCCAGAGAAGACGACCGAAGAGUUCCAGCAAGAACGGAAUCUGGAGGAAUUCCUUCUCAAGAUUGAGAAGGUUGUUAUAAAUGGAAAAAUGCUUGAUUAUGUGACGUCACUUAGUUGUCUGAACACGAAGAGCUCCCGAGACGAAUUGUCUUCAUAUAUCCGAACUAUUAUUAUUGAAGCAGAGAAUACGGAGAGAAAGGAUCUUCUUCUCCGAUCUAUCGUAUUAAUCAUUCUACUCUGCAGAACCAGUAAACAGGAGGAUCGAAGAUUAGUCUCCAGGUUCCUUGAUGCAUACAGGAAACUAGGGGGUACCCUCAUAGCGGAGGAUCCAGGUACAGUUUGGGAUAUUUCUAAAUUCUGGGAAGGAUUGACUGGGAUAUUCGGAGAUGGGUUGAAUUCUCAGUUUUUAAAGCUCUCUGGGACCUUGGAGUCUCAACAAACAACCUGGUUCAGCUCAAGACUGAUAAGAAUUACCAACCUAGCCAAAUCCUCCAAGGUUCAGCUUGAAACUCUUAACCUAACAUUGGAUUCUAAGCUCUCCAAACCAAAUAUAAGUUUAACUUUACCUGAGCUGGGAGAAAGGAUUGAUAUGCUUCUCUCCAUUCUGGAUCUUAUCCAGAUUAUAUCUUCAGAGAUCAAGCUUAUACUCUCAUCAUUCUCCGAGUAUGAUAAACCUAUGACUGCCAGCUCUAUAAUUGCAAUUGGUGAAGGUUUGUGUGAGAUAAGUCGAGUACUGGAGUUUAUGAGUUCAAGGAUGAUAAGUAUCAACUACUGUCUGGAGAGAGGUAUCCAACAUUCACAGUUUCUCAUCCUAAACCUGAUCCAAGGAAUCAAGAAGGGAAUCCUUUCGGAUAAAAAGUAUUUAGAAACUAAGUUUGAUAUUUUAUGUUUUCUGAUCCUUGCGGAAAAAAGUUUCUCCGGGCCGAGUAACCAGCAACGAUUGAACCUUGCCCGGCUAUCUAUGGAACUAUCUGCGUCAGGACGGAAAGUGUUUAAGGAUUCUGAGUGGAAAUCCUACACUACCAUGGUUGAAAAGUUGAUGAGACUCACCUGGUUCUGGGAUUCAUUGGAAACCAUAAGUUUUAUACCUUACCUUUCUUGUCAAACAGAGUUACUCGGAGUAAUGUUGGAGGAAGUUUAUACUUCCAGAGCUCCAGAGAAGAUUAAACUCUUGUGUCAUAUGUGGAAUCUAUCUGCCGGAGUUUGGAGGCGGAGCGGGUUUGUAGAAACCAAGGACUGGAUUAGCAAGUUUAAGAUCAAGAUUGAAGAUAUCCUAGAGGAGAGAAUAAUAGGGAAGGUUUGUAGUGAGGUAGAAACCCAGCUAAGACUUAUCGUUCAUGACAGAGCUGGGGUUCAAGUAGACCAGAGAAAUCCGUUCAAAACCUUACCAAGCAGUGUACUUUGUUUUCUGAACCUAGUUCCCGUACCAGUUCUGGAUACAGAGCUUUGUAUCCGAAGCAGAGUAGAGGAUUAUCUUUCCAGGGUCUUCUACAAUCUCACCACGGUAUCCUUGUACAACUGGAAAACCUACGGGGAAAUGAGACACUUGGCAGGGACAAGGAUGAAGCUGAAAACGGUUCAAGAUCAUCUUCCUUCUCAAACCUUAGAGCAGGGUUUGGAUGUUCUCCAGGUUAUGAGAAACAUUGGAGCCUUCACUGUUGAUUACAGUUACAACAUGAACGCUCAAAUUUUCAUUGAGAACAAGAGUAGUAGUAAACAUCUGAACACAAUUCAUCUUAGACAUAUAGUGAACUCAAUCCGAACUCAUGGUUUAGGAGUUGUCAAUACAACAGUCAACUACACAUACCAGUUUAUAAAGGCCAAGUUUGCUGUGUUAUCUGAAUUCCUUUUCGACGAGUUUAUUAAGUCCAGACUCAUCAAGGAUCAACUAUUUUUUAACGAAAACAAAAAUAAAUUGGAUCAAAAAUAUCCGUUUGAAAGGGCCGUUAAGUUUAACCGUGGUAUGAGAAAGCUAGGAUUGAUGCCGGACGGAGUAUCUACCUACCUGGAUAGGUUUAGGUUUCUUAUCACACAUAUAGGAAACGCACUAGGAUUUGUUCGGAUGCUAAACUGUGGUGGAAUCCUUCACUCAGCGGAUAUAAUAAAAUAUAUUCCGGAUAUCAAUAUUCUACCUGGGUUUGAAUCCUUGGUAGAAUCUGCAGGAUUAGAAGACCAAGAGCUCAGGGUCUCAGCAAACCUUUUGGAUCAGAACCUGGAACAUGUUGCUAGAUCUUUCAAAAACCAAAACUCUUUCUUUCGUCUUUUGGUUGGAGUUUUCUCUAAACAGUUGAGCUCUGGGUCCCACCUUCACCUAGCCAACUUCUGGGUUAUCCUUCCCUCUCUCUUCAUCAACUUCGUGGAGUACCUCAUGAUUUGCAAGGAAAACCUGAGUAAGAAUAAUGUGGACGGAGCUCGGAUAUCGGAUGAUGGAUUCUCAAUAGGAAUAGCUUUUAGUCUAGAAGUUCUAGGACAAUGGGAGGAGGCUGAUUCACUUCAUUGGAUGGAUUCUGUUUUAGCAUUCAUCAGUUCAGAGAAAGAUAAAGUUGAGAAGAAGCAGAAGGAUCAUAGAGAAGAUAAUCUGCAGGAUACUCUUGCUCUAACCCUGAGAAGGUUGGAGAAUACUCUCAAGGAGUUCCAAAUACUUCAUUUCAAUUUAUCCUCAGCCAGGAUAUUCUUCCAGGCUUAACAAAUAUACAAAGAUUUUUCAAAUGAAAGAGACGAGGUUCAACUAUUUCCGCCUGGUUCAACUACAUGUUUCGUCAGUAAUUUCCUGACUUAUUGGACGUUGUUCAACAAGUGUAUUGAGCUGGGUCGUUUAUUGAACGUUUGUUCCUUUUAAAAGAGCAUUGCUUUGUUUAUUUGUAAACGAUUGUUCAUAAAUUUUUAAUCAUAAAUUUUAAUCUCAAUUGUUUCUGGUAAAAAAGAGCUUAAUAGUGUGCAGAAUUAAACCUUCUUGUUUUCGCUGUAAUAAACAUAUAUUAUUCA